AUGGCGGCGGGCGGCCGGGAGCCCGAGCGGGACGUGGCGCGCUUCGUUUACGUGACACGCUUCGGCUCGUACCGGUGCGGCGGCGUGUUGCAGCUGGGCAGCCGCCGGGCUCAGGGCCGCGGGAGUACCGGGCGCGGGGUCGGCUGCAGCCCUGAGGAGCCGUGGGCGGCGGCCCCAGCCGGCGCGGAGCUGGCCCCCCGCCCUAGGUCCCGGACCCCUGCUGCUUCCCCUCCGGCGUCGAGAGCGCGGAGCUGUCCCCAGCCGGCGGCGCGAGCAGCUUUAACCCAGAAGAAUUUAGCUAAAAAGUUUGAUUUCCCCAUCCCUUUGAAAGAAGCUUCCAAAGUAGCGAAGAAAAAGAAAAAGGUUUCAGUAUGGAAUAGAGUGUACAAAGUCAUUUCUAGAAUGCUUGAAGAAAAUGAAAAAUAUAGACUCAGGCUGAAAUACCAACAACUAUCCUGUGAAAACUCAAAUUACACAAGAUGA